UUCCGUCAGUCAGACCUCUUAUCAAAGCGAAUGAAUAGUUAGUCAUGGCUGCGGAACCAAAAGGCUUGACGAAUGAGGAGGCAACUGCAUGCUGCGCAGAACCACACGAGUCCACAAAGGAAUUCAUUAUGCAGCAAACAAUGUUUCGAAUUAAGGAUCCAAAGCAAUCAUUGGACUUUUAUACUCGUGUUAUGGGAAUGCGCUUGCUAAAAAAAAUAGAUUUCCCCUCGAUGAAAUUCUCGCUUUACUUCUUUGGAUAUGAAUCCGCGGAAGAUAUACCUUCAGACGAAACGGAACGCACUUCAUGGUGCUUCUCAAGAAAGGCUACAGUAGAGCUUACACACAACUGGGGAACCGAAUCUGAUCCAAACUUCACUGGCUAUCACAAUGGAAAUUCUGAACCAAAGGGCUUUGGCCACAUUGGAGUUAUGGUUCCUGAUGUGGACAAGGCAUGUGAAAGAUUCGAGUCCCUUGGGGUCAAGUUUGUGAAAAAGCCAAAUGAUGGAAAGAUGAAAGGACUUGCGUUCAUUCAAGAUCCAGAUGGGUAUUGGAUUGAAAUUUUCAACUCUGGAACCAUUGCGACAUUGGUCUAAAUUGUUUUUGGCUUC